UACAAAACCUGAUCUCUUUUGCUUUCUUCUCGCUUGUGUGUAUGAUCUUGUUGCUGCAUCAGCCUUUACUUUUGAAGUAUAUAAUGUGGUCUGCAUAUAAAAGGAAGUUGGAAAUGAGGUAUGUGUGAUUAAUUAAUUUGUGAUCAAAUACUUCAAAUAAGACUUCAGUUUAAUUUAUACAAUCAUACAGAAUCUUUAAAAAAAAUUAAGUGCCUUUUAUGUUCAAGUUUCUUACACAAAGACUGGCGCUUGCUUUCUGCAGAAAACGGUGUGUAAAAUGCAGCUGGAGUUCAUAUCUUCCUUAAUGAGAGCUAAGAAAUCUUGUCUUAGAAGUACUAUGAGAAUAUCUAUUUUGUUAUUUGACAGUCUGAAUUUUGAGUACUCAUUUAGGUCUACUGGCGUGAUGUCUGCCAUUCUCUUCUAAGCUUAUCUUCAGAAGCCUGUAACUUUGAGACAUGCCAACUAGUGAAGAGCUUUGGGAGUAGCUGUCUUUUGUUUGUCAUGCCACAGGCAGGUGGCUAUUUCAGAUUUGCUGUAUACGUUUGCAUGCAUAUCAGGUUUACUCAGGGAUCCUGAGUUUCCAGUCGUCUCUUUUUUAACAUAAGAAAGAUAAAAUUGUCCUUAGGUAUCAUACUUGAAUGAAAUGCUAUCUGGUUAUCACAGUGCAGUUGCUGUUUACUCCUGUAUUAAACUCCCAGAAAGCAGGAGGUUAUGAGCAAAACAUAACCAAACAAACACCUCUAAGCACAGAGAAGUCAUCAGUUUCUAGAGAGAAACCCAUAGAGCAAGCAAAUACGACUUGUAGCUUCCCAGUCUUAAUGGUUGAACACCUAUGAUAUACCAAAGCAACUUUCUUCUGUGGAGGAAUUCUCACAGGUUAAAUAGGUGAGCAAAAUAAUCUGGGUGAGUUAGGGAAGUGGUUUUGUUCUUCUAGUAAAACUUCCAGCGUGGGAUUUAUCAGCAACCUCAAUUCUUACCAACAAAACUGUCUUUAAACCAUCUAGAACCCUUGUUUUUAAGUGCUGGGAGGGCUCACUGCAAGAAUUGGGUUUUAUUUCAGUGGUUGGAGCCAAAGAGAUGCCUCCUGGAAAAGUACUUGUACAAAAGCCAAACAACUUCCACAGUGAGUUCUUGUGAGUUUCUCACUGUUUUACUGACUUCUGGAACUUCUCUAACAAGACAAGAUUUUGUGUGUGUGUUCUGACUUCAAGCAGUGUAGACCCAUCUGAACCCUCUUUUAGGUAUGCAUUCCCUUUUGUUCCACUUCUUUUCUUAAGGCUGUAUCCAUAGAAUGAUCACUCACAAAGCAUACCACCUCUUGCACUCAGCUGUAUUGUGGCUCUGCAGAGAGUCCCUUCAUGUCUUGAGUGAUCUGUCUGCAGAAUUACAUUGCAGCAGAGCAGAAGUUUACCGAUAACUAAUUAAUUUCCAGCAGACAUGGAAAGUUUGACACAGUAUUUCUGUUGUCAUCUUACAAUAUUCUUAAGAAAUGACAAAUGUCUUUUAAUACCAUAUUUUAAGAGCAGAUGCCAAUCACAACGUUGCUGCCUAACUAUCCAUUUCUUUUGAUGUUGAGGCUUCGGUGCAUAGGAAUAGUUAAGAGAAGGCAAUAUGUAUUCUGUCUCAUGAGAAACUCAGAUUGAGGCUUAGCUUUCUAGUAAUAAAGAUUUGUUCUGCAUAAUUUGUAGGGGCUUGUGACCAGUCCUGAUGUUCUGAUGGAAGCUCGAUAACAAAUUAAUGCUCAGUACCACCUAAGCAGAGCUUGGGAAGUUCUCUAAAAUAAUACACAUUAUUAAAAUAAUACACAUUUACAUUGCCUCUGGAAUGAAGCAUUGACAUCUUAAUGCCUGUCAGUUUGAUUAGACAGUAUUAGAUCGGUAUUUUUGCCUUUCUUUUCAUGAUUGCUUGGUAAGGAAUGUGGUUAAGAUUUGAAACAGAAUGCCGCUUGGGUCUGGGAAUAAUAGUGAUACCCAAUAAAUUACUUGAAACCUUAUCUUUGUUAAACUGCACAUUCUUUUGCACUGAAUGGUCUUGCUCUGGGCUAGAAUCUAAAUUAUCUAUAGUUUGUUCUUGAGGCUGAUAUGUGUUGGUGCUACACUUAACUCUGAUCUGUGUCCUCAGUGCUUGUUGCUAAUAGACAAGGUAGGAUUAAUAGACAGCUGCAGCGUUAGGCCAGCUGCUUUAACUGUAUCUAAAACUUUUGUGUUCCCUUUAGUCCUAUGGCAGCAACAGCAGCUCUGCUAGCAGUCUCAAAGAUGAGUACUAAGUUUGUCAGUGUCUGAUGUUCCAGUAGGGACAGAAAUCAGGGUCUCUUGCUUGUGUGUUACCUGCUUCCUUCAGACUGUUAAUUACUACAACACUUUGCUUUUGGUUGGAGACUUGUCCUUUGAGAUUCAUAAUUACAAACUGGCUUUCUGCCUUGAUGUUUAGAACUUAAGGCCUUCAGCCUUUCUAAGUAAGGAAGAACUUACCUUUCUAUUUCUAUUUUCUAUUUCUUAUUUGUCCAAGCUAAUGCUUUGAAUUUUCUUGCAAUGCUUUCUCAACUUAGUAGCUACAAAACAAUUGCAUCUUUAGGGGGAACAGUUGCUUCAUUUGCACUUCAGUAUAAUGAAGAAUCUUAAAUGUUGUUUUUUUUUUCCCUCUGUGAGCUAUUUUUAUGUCUUUUUAACUGAAAAUGGGUUAAGGAUGCCUAUAGAUCUUCCCAUCUGGAUUUAGCUGGUUCAGAAGAGCCUCAUGAGAAAACUUAUGAGCCACUUUUGAUUUGAAUACAUUCAGAGUUACAGCUGCAGGAGAUGCUGCCCCAGUGAGCUACUAGUAACCUGAAGUAGCAAGUAGUACAUCAAGCAAUGUCUUUAAUAAUAUAACUCUAGGAAACUGUUGUAUAACACGCAGUAUAAUGUGUUGCUAUGGUGCCACUUGGUUUCAUGUUUUGAAAUCUUUCCAGUCUUUCAAUUGUUGAUUUUUUUUUUUCCUAAGAAAAAUUAAUUUAAACAGGUGCUUGGGGAGAGAAGCCUGUUGAAAUGUGAAAUACUGGAAGUCUGAGGAUCUGAUAAAUAACUAAGGUUGGCACGUCUAUGGUCUUUUGCAGCGUUCUGAUAAGAAAUAUGAUGAAGCCAUCAAGUGCUACCGGAAUGCACUCAAGUUAGAUAAGGAUAAUCUGCAGAUCCUGAGAGAUCUCUCUCUGUUGCAGAUUCAGAUGAGGGAUUUGGAAGGAUAUAGAGAGACAAGAUACCAGUUACUUCAGCUGCGCCCCACGCAACGUGCUUCCUGGAUUGGAUAUGCAAUUGCAUACCACUUACUUAAAGAUUACGAUAUGGCCUUAAAACUACUUGAAGAGUUUAGAAAAACCCAACAGAUUCCUCCAAAUAAAAUAGAUUAUGAAUACAGUGAACUGAUUUUAUAUCAAAAUCAAGUGAUGAGAGAGGCAGAUCUCUUUCAGGAGUCUCUGGAACACAUAGAGACAUAUGAAAAGCAAAUAUGUGAUAAACUAAUAGUAGAAGAAAUCAAAGGAGAAAUGCUGUUGAAGUUGGGAAGACUAAAAGAGGCUGGUGAAGUAUACAAAGAGUUAAUUGAGCGCAAUGCAGAAAACUGGUAUUAUUACGAAGGCCUGGAAAAGUCCCUGCAACCUAGCACUUUAGAAGAGAGGCUUCAGAUUUAUGAAGAAGUUAGUAAAAGGCAUCCCAGAGCAGUUUCACCUAGAAGAUUACCUUUAAACUUUGUUUCAGGUGAAAAAUUUAGAGAACUAAUGGAUAAGUUCCUGAGGGUUAACUUCAGUAAAGGCUGCCCACCCUUGUUUACCACUUUGAAAUCUUUAUAUUACAAUCCAGAAAAGGUCUCUACAAUCCAAGAACUUGUUACCGGUUACGAAGCCUCUUUGAGAACAUGUGACCUCUUUGGUCCGUGUGAAAAUGGAGAGAGAGAGCCCCCAACAACGCUGCUCUGGGUUCGCUAUUUCCUGGCACAGCACUUUGACAAACUUGGCCAGUGUUCCUUGGCCUUGGAUUACAUUAAUGCUGCAAUUGCAAGCACUCCAACAUUAAUAGAACUAUUCUACUUAAAAGCGAAAAUAUACAAGCAUGUAGGUAACCUGAAGGAGGCUGCCAAAUGGAUGGAUGAAGCACAAUCUUUGGAUACUGCUGACAGAUUUAUCAAUUCUAAAUGUGCUAAAUACAUGCUGCGAGCAAAUAUGGUGAAGGAUGCAGAAGAGAUGUGUUCUAAAUUCACUCGGGAAGGGACUUCUGCUAUGGAAAACCUAAAUGAGAUGCAGUGUAUGUGGUUCCAGACUGAAUGUGCUGCAGCUUAUCAGAGGCUAGGGAAAUAUGGCGAAGCCUUGAAAAAAUGUCAUGAAGUAGAAAGGCAUUUUUUUGAGAUAACGGAUGAUCAAUUUGACUUCCACACAUACUGCAUGAGAAAGAUGACUCUUCGUGCCUAUGUAGACCUUUUGAGAUUAGAAGAUGUGCUCAGGAAACAUGCCUUCUACUUCAAAGCUGCUCGAUCAGCAAUUGAAAUCUACUUGAAGCUUCAUGAUAAUCCUCUUACCAAUGAAAGCAAAGAACAAGAAGUGAAUUCAGAAAAUCUCUCAGCCAAAGAACUGAAGAAGAUGCUUAGCAAGCAAAGAAGAGCACAGAAGAAAGCAAAACUUGAAGAGGAAAGAAAGCAUGCAGAAAGAGAGAGACAGCAAAAGAAUCAAAAGAAAAAGCGAGAUGAAGAGGAAGAGGAAACUAGUGGACCUAGGGAAGAACUAGUUCCUGAGAAACUGGAAAGGGCAGAAAAUCCAUUAGAAGAAGCCAUUAAAUUCCUUAUUCCACUUAAGAAUCUUAUUGGAGAUAACAUAGACACGCAUUUACUAGCAUUUGAAAUAUACUUUAGAAAAGGAAAAUUUCUGUUAAUGUUGCAGUCUGUCAAAAGAGCUUUUGCUAUCAACAGUAAUAAUCCGUGGCUACACGAGUGCUUGAUUAAAUUCUCUAAAGCUGGUAUGUGUAUAGGAAUAUCUGACCAUAGUAACCUCCCAGAAAUUGUGAGCAAGGUCCUAACUCAAGAAAUGCAGAAAAUCUUUGUCAAUAAAAACUUGGAAAGUUUUAAUGAGGAGUUUCUCAAACACAACUCUACCUCCAUUCAGCACCAACUUUCAGGUGCAAAAAUGAUGUAUUUUCUGGACAAAUCGAGGCAAGAAAAAGCAAUUGCUGUGGCUACUAGAUUGGAUAAAAACAUGAGAGACAAAAAUGUGAAGACAUUAACCAAGGUUUUCGAGGCGCUGCUUGACGGCAGUUUUGGAAGUUGCCACACUCAAUGUGAAGAAUAUCAAGCAGCGUGUCAUAAACUGUUCCCUUUUACGUCUGCCUUUAUGCCCGCCACAAACGAGGAUGACAGCGGCAUUGCAGCUGUGAAUCAUACAGCCAUUAACCACGACUUACUGUCUAAUGAAAUAUGAAGUAGCAUAUGCAAGCCCGUGUGUGUGUGUGUGCCUACAUACCUACACACACAUACAAAACUGUCAUUACAUGCUGGCUGGAUACGGAUCAGGGUUACUUUUCCAGGUUGCAUUUUAAUAUCUUUAACAGGUCUGACAUGAAAUAUUUGGAUAGCUGAAUGAAACGGAGUAUACUAUUAGUUAUUUUUUUUUUCCUCCCAACAAAAACUGCCAAUAUUUAUGUAAACAUGAUCUUUAAUCAGCAUUUUUCAUGUUUAUACUUGUACAGUUUCAAGUCUUUUAAUAAUCCAUCGGCCUUCCCUCACAAAAAGAAAAAUGAUGGAUGCUAGACUGCUUUCACAAGUGUCAUUGCAUAUACAUAUGAAUGUGAUCACAUCUCGUUAAUAAAUUAUUUUUUGAGCAUCUUGAGCAGAUUAAGACAGAAGUGCUGCUUAAAUCACCCUCUUCAUCUUUUACCGCCGUUCUUGGGAUUUAUUAUUAUUAUUAUUAUUUUUUUCCCAUUUUAUUUUUUAAUCUUUGCUCGGUUUGGUUUCUUUUGAAGCACAGUGAAUGUUGGCGGUUUGCAUGUUUUUGUAAGGUGUGUGUGUCUUAUGGAACCGGUGUUGAUGGACAUGAAGAUUAGGUUCGUGUAAAAGGGUUUGUGAAAGCUGUAUUCUAUCUACCUUGUGUUCCAUAACUAUUAUUUCUUAAGUUUAUGAUCAGUUUAACGUUUUCGGUUUGAGUAUUCUCAAGCAACUCCCUGAAAAUGCAAUGAAUUUGAUACUGUUGUCUGUUUUGGGGUUUUUUGUUGUUGUUGUUGUUCCAUCUUACCCUUCUUUUUCUCACUUCUGAUUUCUCCCCAUCCAUUCACUUACUGACACUUAAGUUGAAAAAGCUGCUCCAAUACUGGGUAAAUGCAUAAGGUACAGUAAUGGGGGAUACAGAUCCCUCUCUACAUCCUAAAAAUUCACUAAGUUUACUGUAUUACUUCCAUUAAAAGUCUCGGUUGUGAAUUUACGGCCCAUACGCCAGUACUUCUCAUGCCUGAAUACUAUCGCUUUAGGUGCUGCGAAGCAAGCAGUACGUGAGGAGUGCAUUUUGUAUUUAAACACUGUUCAAUGGAGCACAAAGAGGAUGACUACAAAUCACAACGAACCUUUUUCUUACUCUGUAUUCUGGUGCAUUAACUAUUAAAUAUACAACAUGAAAAUGGAAGUUUGAAUCUAAUAUACCUAUUUAAAGCAUAAUGCUGGACGAAAUGGCUACAUAUGACAGCUUUACAUCCUGUAAGAACUGCUAUCAAAAUAUAACUAUACUGUGGCUUGUACAGAAAGUCCAUUUUCUGGAAACUGUAAUGGAAUCAUUCAGUCAGUUUUGUUUUUAUUUCACUGCAGUGUAAAUAAUUUCAGUAAUAUUAACUAGCCCCUCUAAGGCAAAUAUGAAUUCACGGAGAGGGGUUUUUAUUAAGACAAAUAAAGUGUUCUAAUUAAAAUUCUCCUUUGUGUGUCAUCUAUUUAGGUUCAAAAUUGUUGAAUGGAAAACUCACUGUAAAAUAUUGCCAACAUAUGUUAUGCUGUAAUAAAUUAUUUUGUACACACUUG